AAGUCGAGAUUGCAUCAGUAGUUGAUUCCGGUCGAGAGUGAAGUAUCGUCCUCCGGUGGGAGCUGUUCCUUCCAUCCAUAUAUAAAGUCGAGAUUGUAUCAGUAGUUCAUUCCGGCCGAGAGUGAAAUAUCGUCCUCCGGUGGGAGCUGUGACUUAGAGAGAGAGAGAGAGAUGUCUCCAGCACCAUUUGUCUCAGGGUUGCAGGUCGAAAGCUUCAGUUUCCCUCCAACCGUAAAGCCACCCGGUUCAACCAAGACCCUAUUCCUCGGUGGUGCAGGUGCGAGGGGUUUAGAGAUACAAGGGCAGUUCAUCAAGUUUACGGCCAUCGGAAUCUACCUGGAAGACAUAGCUAUUCCGUCUCUCGCCGUUAAGUGGAAGGGCAAGACUGCCUCGGAAUUGACAGAUUCUAUUGACUUCUUCAGGGAUGUUGUCUCCGGUCCCUUUGAUAAAUUCAUACGGGUGACGAUGAUAAAGCCAUUGACGGGUCAUCAGUACUCCGAGAAGGUGACUGAGAAUUGCGUAGCAUAUUGGAAAUCUGUGGGAAUGUACACUGACGCAGAGUCCAAUGCAGUGGAGAAGUUCAUCGAGGUCUUCAAAGACGAAACCUUUCCACCUGGAGCUUCCAUUCUAUUCACACAAUCACCCUUCGGAAGCUUGACGAUCGGUUUCUCCAAAGAUGAGUCCAUACCUGAAGAAGGGAAUGCAGUAAUAGAGAACAAACCGUUGUCCGAAGCAGUGUUGGAAUCGAUCAUUGGCAAACAUGGUGUUUCACCUGAGGCGAAGCAGAGUUUGGCUGAGCGGGUUUCUGAUUUAUUGAAGGAUGUCGGCGCCGAGAAGGUCGAUGGGGACACAAACCUGGUGAAUAAAUUCAUCGUAGAGAAAGUUGAGGUUGAGAGCUUCAGCUUCCCUCCCUCCGUGAAACCACCCGGUUCAACCAAGACCCUAUUCCUCGGUGGUGCAGGUUCGAGGGGUUUGGAAAUACAGGGUCAGUUCAUCAAGUUCACGGCCAUUGGGGUGUACUUGGAAGACAGCACUGUUCCAUCACUGGCUGUUAAGUGGAAGGGAAAGACUGCUGAUGAAUUGACGGAUUCUGUUGAAUUCUUCAGGGACAUAAUUACAGGGCCCUUUGAGAAAUUCAUACAGGUAACGAUGAUCAAGCCACUGACGGGUCAACAAUACUCCGAGAAGGUGACUGAGAAUUGCGUGGCAUAUUGGAAAUCUGUGGGAAUUUACACAGAAUCAGAGGCCAAGGCAGUGGAGAAGUUCAUUGAGGUCUUUGAGGAUGAAACCUUUCCUCCUGGUGCUUCCAUCCUAUUCACGCAAACACCCCAUGGAUCCUUGACGAUUGGAUUUUCCAAAGAUGGGUCCAUACCUGAAGUAGGGAAUGCGGUGAUAGAGAAUAGACCGCUUUCUGAAGCAGUGUUAGAGUCUAUCAUUGGCAAACAUGGUGUCUCUCCUGAGGCCAAGCGGAAUUUGGCUGAGCGGGUAUCUAAAUUAUUGGAGAAAUUUUGAUGCAGAGGAACUUGAGCUAAAAUGGAAUAGACAAAUGCAGAGAGAGAGAGAGAGAGAACUAUGAUUGUAUGCCAAUAAUUUCUUAUUUAAAACUAAAAUAACCCGGUUUGGUUGUCAGGUGGGAGGCCAACUAUGUGGCUCAUGCAAUUACUGUCAAGAAUGUCAAGUAUCACUAUAUUGUGUGGUUUUCACUGGA